AUGCCCGUGCUGCCGUGCCCUUGCUUGACGCUCGAGCUCUCGGUCGGUCAUGCGAGUCUCUUCACGACGGAGAUUGAAGAACCUGAUCCUGAAUUAUUGAAUAAAGUUAAUCCAAAGGUGAAUGAAGUCAUGAAUGAGCAGCUCCUUAGACCCUUCUCGGCUGAGGAUGUGAAAAAGGCGCUCUUUUCUAUUGGGGAUAUGAAAGCACCCGGAUCUGAUGGUCUCCAUGCAAUUUUUUUCAAAAAAUGUGGGCACAUACUGGGAGAUAUCCUAACUUCUGAAGUCUUGGAGGCAAUUAGCAAUAAAUCUAUCCCAGAUGGAUGGAAUGAUACAGUGAUCGUGUUAAUUCCCAAGGUUGAAAAUCCAGAAUUGGUUACCCAAUAUAGGCCUAUAAGCCUCUGCAAUGUUUUGUACAAGAUCAAGAAUAGAAAGAAAGGAAAAUGGGGGUACUGUGCGGUAAAACUUGAUAUGCAUAAGGCGUAUGACCGUGUUGAAUGGAAUUUUCUAGAAAAGGGUCUUUCAAGUUUACUGGCUCAUAGAGAGGAGGUUCGUGGUAUGGAAGGUGUCAGGGUACUUGAUCAAUACUGUGCAAGCUCAGGACAGCUGGUUAGUGAGGCCAAGUGUAGUAUGUAUUUCAGCCCAAAUGUUGACCCAGAUGUCAGGGCAGAAUUAUGUUCAGAACUAAACGUCAUGACCGAAGAUUUGUCUGAUAAAUAUCUUGGACUACCUGCAAUGGUAGGUGUGGACCGAAGUGAUAGUUUCAUGUACUUGCUAGAGAGGAUUAUUAAAAGAUUAGAAGGAUGGAAGGAGAAGUUCCUCUCAAUGGGUGGUAAGGAAAUUCUUCUGAAAGCUGUUAUAUAG